AGAAAGAAGCACUAGUUCCGGAGUUGGAAUUCCGAGCUCGUUUUUCCUCGAGAUCCCAGUUGGUUUGAACGCGGCAGUAGUGAACUAGCUGGAGGAAGGAACACUCACUCAGUCCACUAUGGCGGAGACGCACAGCUUACAGGAGCUGCAGCAACAAGCAGCCGUCGCCUCCAAAGUGUAUGUCCAGAGGGACUACAACUCGGGUAAAAUCUGCAAGUUCCAGACCAAGUUCCCCUCAGAGCUGGAGUCCAGGGUUGAUAAGCAGCAGUUUGAGGAGACGAUGCAGACACUUAACAACCUUUACGCCGAGGCUGAGAAAAUUGGUGGCAAGUCUUACCUGGAGGGCUGUUUGGCCUGCAUGACCGCCUACACAAUCUUCCUCUGUAUGGAGACCCACUAUGAGAAAGUAUUGAAGAAAAUCGCUAGGUUCGUCAAGGAGCAGAAUGAGAAGAUCUACGCUCCUCUUGGACUCCUGCUGACAGACCCAAUAGAGAGAGGUCUCAGGGUUGUUGAAAUCACCAUUUUUGAGGACAGAAGUAUUGGCUCCGGAAGAUGAACCACACCAAAGGAUGGCCUAUUUGACCUGGUGCAUCUCAAUUAUCUCACCACACCCAUCAAUAAUUCCUUCUGGAUGUAGAUGGAUGUCUUUCUGGAUGUAGAUAAUUGUUUUUAUUUAUUUCACAAAAGGGAUGGGCUAUGUGUGCUAGUAACCUAUGACCCGCUGAAACAAACACUCCCUGUUUUUACAUGUUUAUUGAGAUUAUUAAUUUGAACAUGUGAAAAUGUCUUAUUCUAGUUAACCAAUACCACACCUUUAGUAUGAAUGGUGCCGUUUUCUUUUGUAUUGCCAUUUUAAACUCUUACUCAUUAAAGGUGCAUUGUGUAAUAUCUCCAAAUACAAAUAGCCUUUAAAGGUGUAGUUCACCCACAGUUUUUAAAACUGUGUUUAAUAUACCCUCUUUGGUUCACCAAAAUUACAACAUUAGCAAGAUGGUUCCUUAACUUGACAGUUGUCUACGGGCCAGGAGAAACUGUAAUCCACGACGAUACAUAUUUUUCUACUAAGCCGCUGACACCAACUGGGUGAUUCUCACAAAGCUGGCACUUGACAACAAGAAAUAAACACAUUUUCCACCACAAUUCCUCUAAGAAAAGGAUCUCUAGUUAUCUAUUUCAGAAUUGUUAUGUUUAUUUAUCAGAUAUUAUGCAUUUCCACAACUAACAUUGCAAACAUUUUCAUUACCGUAAUAGUUUUCGAAGUCCCCAAAAAGUAAUAGACAAACCAAUUUCUAUAUAUUUUUUUUAACAUUGCUCACCUAAUGAAAAGGCCUGAGUUAAACACUGAAAACAAAUAUAUUUAAAAUUAAAUUA